GAUAGGAUUUGGUCACUCAGGGCACCUGCAUAAACAACAAUGGCUGCCAAUGUAAAGAAGAAAUAGAAACCUAAAAAAAAUCUCCUUUUUAGAAAUCUUUCCUAUCUCUAAGUGAUUUUUAAAGUAUCUUUAAGUUAAAAAAUUCAAGAUGUCUGAUCUUACAAAAGUCGGAAGUGGUUUAGAUUCUGCAAAGUCUAGAAAACGCCGUCCACGUUUUGCAAAUGUCAAUGAAAAGAAAAUUGCUGAUGAUGAAUUUAUGGCAGCUGCAAUUGGCGAUGUAGAAUGGCUGAAACAAAGCCUUCGUGAAGCCAAGGGACAAAUCAACUUUGACAAAAAUGGUCUUUCAGCUUUACAUUUAGCAGCCAUCCAUGGUAGACUGGAAUGCCUGAAGCUACUUGUUGAGAAGUACAAAUAUAAUAUAAACUUGCCUAGUACAACUGGGUGGAGAGCAGUUCACUUGAGUAUAAGUAAUCAGACGGGAAAGAGGGCAUUGGAAUGUCUAAAGUACCUAGUGGACAAAAAAGCUAAUCCUUCUGUUGUUAACAAUGAUGGGAUAACACCUGUGCACCAAGCAGCUUCAGAAGGUCAUGUUCAGUGUUUGAAAUUAUUGAUUGAGGUUGAGGCCCAGAUUGAUGGAAAAGACUGUCGUGGCCAUACUCCACUGGAUCUGGCCAAAUUAUGGGGACAUAAAAAAUGUGCAAGAAUUCUGGCCGCAGAACUAUGGCACCAGGACAAGGAUGGUGUCGCUAAAGAGAUGGGACAGCUUAAACAAUUGAAAAUGCAGCAAGUGUUGAAAGAACUAGAAGAAGCUGAAGACUUGCAAAAGGCACAAGAAUUCUAUGGUGAGAAAUCAUACCAGGAUUGGCUAAAGAAGAAAAAUCUACCUGAUCCUAGAACCAAAGAGGAAAUGGAGCAGACCAAGGGUAAGAGGGAACCAUUACAAAAACCAAAUAGUAAAGCACCACCUCAAGACCAAAUGUAUUCUAGAGAUAAAGAUUCCGACAGUAAGAUUCAUGUAUCAUUUGAAAAUGCAAGUACACCAACACCUGGCUCCAAAUACGUAAGAGGGUUUUCAUUCCGUAGCUCAGAAGAGGCAUCAAAGUCUGAAGAGAAGGAAAAUCUAGAAAAAAAGCCAAGAGCUAGAACAGCUAUAGAACAUCCUUAUGACUGGAGACUAGCAUUACAUCCACCUAAACCAGGCUACAUUACUAACCUUACAGAUGAGUACCCACGAGAUAUGUAUACCAUGAUGCCAAAGAAUAAAUCGGCUACAAUGUAUUAUGAUGGGAAAUUUGCACCCAAAGUUAAUGUCAUAGAUGAAAACUCCAAACAUAGAAAGCUGAAAUCAAUGAAGAUCCAAAAACCAAAUCUCCCGGAUGAAGUUAUCGAUAGAUACCUGUCAAACGAUCCUACAAGACAAGACAGACCAAUGGUGUUCAAAUCUCGACAUAUCUCAGAUGUAAACAAAAAGAAGAAAUAUGAAGAUAAUGUCAAAGGAAAAGAUGAAGUAACCUUACAUCUUUGUGAAGACUUUUCUUCCUUUAUGUACAGGAAUGCCCUUCUGAGGUCAAAUACAAUUGAUGUGAUUGGUAAACAAGAAUCAGAUGACUGGCAGAGCAAGGCCUAUCCAACGAAGGAUGUUCUUAACACGCUGAAAAUUUUAAGAAGACCAACACAUUUUCCUAAUAUAAAAGGAGAGGAGUAUGUCCUAGGAAUUUACUAAAUAAGUUUGAAAAAACUUUAUGUUGGUAACCGCUUAAGCAUUUUAAACAUUGGUUUGAAAAGAGACAAAGCCUGUACAGAAAUUAGUGAGGUUUUUCUCAAUAUUUCAAUCAAUCAAUGAAAAACUUAUCAGGAAUAGGAAAAAUAAUGACUUAUAUAACUAAGACAUUUUCAGGGAUAUACCCUAGAAUCAUAAAUAAAAAAGGAAGCUUCAAAAUUUUAAAAUACAUAAAGUGAAUUAUUGUAACACAAUGCAUGGCUGUCUUAACAAGUCUUUGAAUUCUCUGUGAGCUUACAGACAAAUGGUUUUGAGAUCAAUUUCUGUAUUUUAGCUAUCAAUUUUUUUUAAUUAUUUUUCGUUGAAAAACACUUCCUUUCCAUAUGUUGCUUGAAAAUAGAAAACUGACUUUAAUAUUUGAAGACUAAUUCUAUAGUUCUUAAAUAUCAUGAUUAAAAAUUAAAUUACAAGUUCUCAUAUUGGUGUGUAAGGAUUUUCACAAGAUUUUGAUUGUUUCGGUGAAAAUUCUGCAUAUCAGUAGUAGGCAGAUUUCACUAUAUGUAGAAGCACAUUAAGUGAACAACUUUUCCAGCACAUUGUAAAAAAAGUAUUGAUUCUCAGAAAGAAAGGUACAGUCACUGUAUAAUGAUGAAGUACUACAAGUGUGUGCCUGGUGUUUCAUUUAUAAAGUUUUCACAGUACAUGUAAAAACCAUGAUUCAUAUAUUAACAUUAAACUACCUUUUUACACUGUCUGCCUUUCAUAUGUUCUUAAAAUACUUGUAAUACUCUUUAUCCUAGUCUAAAUGUAUUUUCAUGCAUUCCAAAUCUGUUUCAUAUAUAUUUUAUGUUUGUGUAUGUUGUAUUUAAAAAGAGGUAGACUUGUUUGUUUAAAAUGUUGACUGUUUUCACAAUUAUGCUAUACAUUGUAAAAUCUGAUGUUACAGAAUAGGUUUUUCCAUAUUUAAUACUACAUUAUUUUUAGGUUAAUUUUUUUUUUUUGGGGGGGAAGAGAAUGUGAAAGGGUAUUUAUAUUUCUUAUUCUACAGUUUAUGUACUGAAGUAUUUAAGCUUAGUAAGGGUUAAGAUAGAUGUGUACUGUUAGAUGAACAGUGAAAUUAAUUGAUUUAAAAAUUAUGGUUUCUGUGCUUAUUAUAUUAAAAAAUGUAUACUUUAAGCUAGUGGUUUGGAGCUUUCAAGUUAAUUUUAUAUAAAUGUUUAACUCAUCAAGGAUGAUUUGUUUAAUGUUAAAUAUUUUUGAUAUACUAAUUAUUUUUUUUGAGAAUAUUAUCUGUAAUUAACUGAGGAAUUGAUUUUGAAUCUACAGAAGUUUUCUAUAGUAUAUGUUUAUUGUUUGUGUUUGAUAUAGAAUAUUAUACAAAGAUUUAUUGUGAUUGAAUUUUUAGGAAUUGUUUUUAAAGCAAUUUCUGAAAAAUAUUGUGCAUUAUUAAAUGAUUAUUACAACAUAAAAUGCUACAAUAAUACUGCUGAUAAAAUUGUGUAC